AGCCAUUGCUCAAACACACCGCUUCUUCACUCAAAGUUUUUCGGUUUGCUAGUCGCUCAAUUCCACGAUGGCGAACUAUUGCAGACUCACUAAUCUUUUGUCAUUGUUUGUCCUUGCUCUGUCUUUGACAAUCGACCAGAACCGCGUUGGAGCUCGCCAACUUUUGGACGCGACGUUGCCUGAAGUGCCUGAACUGCCGAAGCCAGAAUUGCCUCAGCUUCCCGAUAUCCCAAGCCUGCCAAAACCAGAACUGCCAUCUCUGCCAAAAGUCGAAUUGCCGCCACUUCCCGAGCUGCCAAAGCCUGAAUUUCCAACAAUACCGAAGCCAGAAUUGCCGGAAGUGCCCAAACUUCCAAAGCUUGAAUUUCCAACUUUACCAAAGCCAGAAGUGCCUGAAUUGCCUCACCUUCCCGAUUUCCCUAAGCCAACGUUGCCUGCCGUUUCGAAGGACACGUCUAUCGCUGCUACUAGUCCUUGAACCGUUGUGAUGUGAACUUGUAGUCGGGAUUCGAUAUGAUAUGAAUUAGUAUUCUAUUACUUCUAUUGUAAUGGUCAGUGUUCACCUCAGAAUGUUAUAUGCCAUAUAUAGUCGUUUGUAUGACAGUUUGUGAUAUGAAUUAUGGAACUUAUUCGUAUGAUAGUUUAUGA